AUGAAUGCUGGUAAUCACGAUCUUGGGGUCUUCUUGGUUAUUGAUCUUAUGAAUAGCGCUAGAACAGCAGUGUUUCUUUAUCAAAUGUGUGAAGGCUCUUUUAAACAAGUUUUGAUUAUUACUGCAGUUCAUAUAGAUGGUUAUUUUGAGCAUUUGGAUUGUUUGAAGUCAUUAUACAUCACCAAUGCAUCACAGAACUCGGCCUUUGUCGGCUCUUACUGUACAGCUCUAUAUUCUCCCACAUUGGCAUGUAAGAGAAAUAUGGAGCAAAAGCACCACCGGCCAGCUCAAGUGGUCCAGGAAUCGCAGUUGGAGCAGGACCUUCAGCGAGCAGGUCAACAGGACGACAGUGGGACCUUAGCAUUUGAUGCAGAAUAUAGUCGACGGUUAGAAGAACACAACAAACACAUUAAUGAGUUAGGGACAGCUGUCAAUUCACAUGCAAGUGAUCCUGAACUGCGAAGUAUUGUGAAUAAUGUCACUGCACAUUACGAUGAGGUCUUUAGGAUGAAAGGAAAUGCAGCCAAGGCGGACGUAUUCCAUGUCUUGUCAGGGAUGUGGAAACCCCCUUCCGAGCGGUGUUUUAUGUGGAUUGGUGGCUUCCGCCCCUCAGAACUUCUUAAGCUUCUAGUCAAUCAGUUAGAGCCUCUGACCGAGCAGCAGUUACUUGGCAUUUACAACUUGCAGCAAUCAUCUCAACGAUCUGAAGAUGUUCUCUCACAAGGUAUGGAGGCGUUGCAGCAAUCCUUGGCGGAGACAUUAGCCAACGGAUCUAAUUAUAUGGGUCAAAUGGCAAUGGCUAUGGGGAAACUAGGGACUCUUGAAGGUUUCCUCCGUCAGACGGACAACCUGCGUCAACAAACAUUGCAACAUAUGCAUCGCAUAUUGACAACCAGACAAUCAGCGCGUGCUCUUCCUGCAAUAAGUGAGUACUUCUCACGUCUUCGAGCUCUCAGUUCUCUUUGGCUUGCCAGACCACGAGAGCAAUAAGUAUGACAUGCAUCACAAUAUUCUACUGAAACUCGAAUAUGCUACUUUGAUACACUGGCCAGUAUAUGAGAUGCAUCUAAUUUACUACAUGUAAAGUGGUAUUGUAUGUGCUUGUGGAAGUGCAAAAAUUGUGUUUUUUUUUCUCUAGGUUUUGAGAAUGUCAAAA